AUGAUCCCGGGAUCCGCGGUGUACCACGUCGUGGAGGCCAUGGCGCCGCUGUACACGGCGGCGGUGCUGGGCUACGCGUCGGUGCGGUGGCUCAAGGCCUUCUCCGACGAGCAGUGCGCGGGGAUCAACCACUUCGUGGCGCUCUACGCCGUCCCCGUGCUCAUCUUCCACAUGGUCUCCACCAACGACCCCUACCACAUGAACCAGCGCCUCAUCGCCGCCGACACGCUGCAGAAGGCCGUCAUGCUGCUGGCGCUCACGGCCUGGGCCUUCUGGUCCCACUUCCGCGCCGCCCGGCGCCGCCGCGACGGCGGGAAGCAGGAAGCGUCUUCCUCGUCGUCGCCGAUCAAGUGGGUGGUGACCAACUUCUCGGUGGCGUCGCUGCCCAACACCAUCAUCAUGGGCGUGCCGCUCCUGGACGGCAUGUACGGGUCCGUGUCGGGCGGGCUCAUGAAGCAGAUCGUCGUCAUGCAGUUCUGCAUCUGGUACAACGUCGUCAUCUUCCUCUACGAGUUCAUGGCGGCGCGGGACGGCACCGCCAAGAUCAGCCCCGCCGUUCCGGCGGAAACGGCGGACGAGAAUCACGACCGUAGUAUGGUCGACGAAAGCGGCGGAAGCAGUAUUCAUCGUCAUGCCGCCGACCGUAGUAGCCAUCACCAGGUGGUCGUCAACAUUGAGAUCACGGAGGUGGCGGCGGCGGCGGCGGUUGCGUCGACGACCACGGCACCAGUCGACGGCGCGGCGGCCGCGAAGGAGCUGGGCGCAGAGGACGAUGGAGAUGCUAACAAGGUGGCCGUGGAUCUCCCGCCGCCAACGCCGGUCCAGCCGCAGGUGCCGUCGGUGAUGCACGUCGUGUGGAUGGCCACGAAGAAGCUUCUCCAGAUUCCGAAUACCUAUGCCAGCUUCCUUGGCCUCAUCUGGUCUCUCAUGGCCUUCAAGAUUGGAUUCUCGAUGCCAAAAAUUGUUGGCGACUCUCUGUUCAUCAUCUACACAACCGCAGUUGGGCUGAGCAUGUUCGCUUCAGGGACGUUCAUCGCGCGGCAGUCGCGGUUCGUGCCAUGCGGGUACACCAUCGCCUCGCUCUCCAUGCUCCUCAAGUUCCUGAUUGGCCCGGUCAUCAUGCUGCUCGCCUCGCUGGCCGUAGGAAUGCACGGCACCCUUCUGCACAUUGCUGUCGUACAGGCGGCUCUCCCACUGGCCGUGACCUCAUUCGUGUAUGCGGAGGAGUACAAGGUCCACGCCGACAUCAUGAGCACUGGGGUUAUUCUCGGGAUAUUUAUCUCGCUGCCCGUCACAAUUGUGUACUACAUACUGUUGGGCCUUUGA